CUGAAUUUGUUCAAAAAAAAAAAAAAAAAAUACACGCAUUAAUAUUUUAUAGAUUUUGAAUUCCAGAAAAAUGAAGAGCUUUUCCGUAAUCACCGUGUCAAUCGUUUUGGCCUUUAUUGCGGCCAACACGUCUGCGCACGAAUCGUUUACAGGGCAAAACGUUUGUGACAUUAAAUAUCACUUUCACGAAAACUUGGCUUCGGUGAUUACUGACGACGUAGGCAUAAAAUUGAUCAAUGAAUUGCGACAAAACUAUAAGAACAUCUGCUUGGACCCGAUGGCCCACAAUUCAAUCGUUUCCCUAGUCGACGGGAUCAUCGACAUGACGACCAACACCAAUGUCUCGCAAACCCUAGGAAAUACAUUUUACUGGGCUAGGAAGAUCAUGAAGGACCCUAAAUUCCGUGCCGUCUGGCACGAGACCAUGAAAGGUGUCAAUAUGAGUCUUGAUAAUUUCGAGGUCACUCAGCAGGUAACAGAUACGUUAUUCGACCAACUCAGUGCAUUGUUGAACCAUCCCAAAUUCGAUUCUACAUUCGAAUCAGUGGUCAAAAAUCUGUCCAUGCUGAUUAACUUCCGCAAGAACAUGUUCUCGAAAGCUGGUUCCUUCCUUUCCAAGCAAAAACGUCACUUCAGAGAUGGCAGGCAAUAACUGCUAAACAGUUGUGUCCGCUACACCGAAAAAAUAAUAAUUUAUAUACAAUAAUGAAACAAGAACAUAAACAUAAAUGUAAAAUUAAAAAAAAAAAUUAUAUUUUUAAAUGUUUUCCGUUUAUAAGACAAAUAAUUGUACCUAAAUCACGUUUGUUCGGUUAUUACUUAUUUGUAACUAUUAUUGUACAUAAAAAUAUAAUAUAAUUCCCAUACUAUAUCUCUCA